ACCCUCCAAAUCUCUGAUUUCUGAACCAAAAAAGAUUGUCCAAUGUUGAAAGAACAGCAAACAUCUGAAUCUUUCUUCCAGAUUCCUAACCCUGGUGUUCUACUACGCUCUUUUGAUAUCCCUGAACCCGUAAUUCAUCCUCCAGGAAUCGACCCAUAUUCCCUCAUGAACCCUAGUCCGCAUACCGAUUAUGGGUUAGAAUCGUUGCCUGCAUUGGAUAUCGAUCCUGGUGCAGUUUCACACACCCAACUCAUCUCAACAGCAACUGAUUUAACUGUUUCUGAACACGCUGGUGGACCUUUGAGUGAACCUACAAUCGAGUCGACAACUUCCUAUUCCCCUGCAAACUCUGAAGUUGGUGCUCAGAAGACGGUGAAUAAUGUGACGUUAACAAACAUCCGAAGCAAAGAUACCCACCUCAGCUUUUGUGAUGUUUGUAACGUACGUUGUGAUACUGAGGAUGUACUCAAGAAACACAAGCAAGGAAAACGACAUAAAAAGAAUGUACAAAAGCUUGCAGUUCCAUCUGCCAUCUCACAAGAAAUGAUACGACCUGCUAAACAUGCUACUUUACAUCAAGAAGCGGAGGAGAAGAAGCAAGAUUUGUUGCAAAGUGAAGCAUCGGUCGAUUCCUUGUUCGUCUGUGGCAUUCCUGAUGUGAUGGGAUGCAUUGAUCAAAACAUCCUCACAGUGCAUAUAGAGGGUGGAAACCAGGUGACCAAUGGACCUUUGUGCAGGGACGGGCAUCCUAACCCCACAUUAGUGAGCUUGGCCACGGUUCAGCCUUCCAUAGACAAACUCGAUGCCCAUCAAAUUGGGUGGUGUGAAAUUUGCAAAGUAAAUUGCACCAGCGACAAGACCCUUCAAAAACAUAUUUUGGGGAAAAAACACAAGAAAAACCUUAAAAAUUCAGAAAAGAUAGUAGCCCCUUCCUUGACCCCUGUUGCUUCAAUGUCCAAGGGUGAAAAAACCAAGGGUGAAACUGUCCAUUCAGAGGAACCUUGUAAUGCGAGUUGUAGCAGCAAUGUCCUGAGCAGUUAUGAAUCAGGGAAGAAGCGUACGGAGAACCUUGAAAGAUCAGAGAAGACACCAGAUUUAGCCUUGACCCUCCCCAUUGGUUCUCUAGCCACCCCUCAAAAAGUGGAAAUUCCAAAAUCAGAGGAAAAUAAGUCUGCAAGGUGUGAACUUUGUGGGAUUUGUUGCAAUUCCUGUGGUGAGCUCAACAAACACAUUUUGGGUAAGAAACACAAAAAGAACAUGAAGAAAUCUGAAGAAAUAUUUGGAGUUGGAAGUGAAGGAUCAAUGGAAGAUGAGAGGUGCAAAAGGAAGGCGAAUUGGGAAAGUGAUGACGAUGAUGAUGAUGAGGAGGAGGAUCGAGAUAGGAAGAAGCAUAAGAUGAUGGAAAAAGAGAAAGCAUCAAUAAGUUGUAAAGUGUGCAAUGUGGUUUGUAAUAGCCCCACGGCCUUCAUAUCUCAUCUUGCGAGCCAUGAUCAUUCUGCAAUGGUUCUUAAACAGGUCAAAGUCGAAGCUGUAUCAUAUGAGGUACAACUAUGAUUUUGGGGUUACUUUUGGUUUCAUUUCAUUUAGCAUAUGAAUCCCUCCCAUGCUACAAAAGGAGGGGAAAUUGUACUUGUGAGCUUCAAAAAGUUAUAAACUUGUAUGCCAUUUUGAAGCAAAUAUGACUGCAUCUGUACAAGUAGCCUUGAGUUUAAAACGUUGGAAAGAA